AAUCCUCCUUGAGCUGAGCUGUCAGCUGAGAGCCGACGCACUUCUGCUGUUUUACUUGUUUGUUAUUGUGAACAUAACCUAUAAUUACUGUAAUCAACAUAAACUUUACGAUCAGAGAAUUUAUUAUUUUUUAAAGUUUCUUAAAAUAUUUUCAAAUUGUUAAUUCUUACCCAUAGUCUAUUAGCUCUUUUUUAUUCAGUUUAGUUUAGCCAUGGACGAAAUACAUGAAGAUCACAAUGUUGUAUUCAGCAAUUGGGGCUCUUGGAAAUUUUCGAAAAAGGGAAAAAAAAUGUUGAAAGAGUUUCUAGAGAUGAAUAGUGACUUACAAAAAGAAGAACCUUCAGAUGAAUGGAAAUUUCUCAUUUCAAAGUUACCAGACAUUUCUAAAGAUUUCGAAGAUGAUCCAGAAGACGAUUUUCUACAAGCCUCUCAGCACAGUGAUGAUGACAGUGACACUGGAUGGGAUGAAAUAAAGUUUUUUACGUCAAAAAUCAACGAACAAAAUCAAUUACACGAGAAUAAUGUUGAUAUAGACAAAACUGUCGACUUGAUAAGCACUCUAGUGGUCAGUAGUAUAGAGGAUGAUCAGUCAGAUACCGCAAUGGAAGUUGAUUGCAAUGUUGACAUUAAUCUAUCAAAAUCACAAACAACGUUUGUUAGAAACAAUGAAGUCAAUGUUUUACUAAAGUCUGCAGAUCCUGAUGAGGAUACAGAAGACAUAAAAUGUGGGAAGGAUAAACUAGAGCUUGGUAGAAACGACCUUCCUCAGCUACUUCUGGCCAAACUAAAUGCAGACGCAAUCGAUGAAGAUGGAGUGAAUGAGAUGCUCGAAACGCGUACAUUGACCAAAGAACAGCUGAUCAGUGUGUGGACUCAACUGGGCACCAAUGACGCUAGAAUGACCCUGACACGGUCAUUGGCCAAUGUGGCCUUGUAUCAUUUGUUCCUAUGUCAGACUCUCCUUCUGCCCUGGCUGUGCAACAGUGAUUUUGAAAACGCAACAGAAAUUGUUGAUAGCAUUGCUGACAUUUUGCCAAAAAUUUCUGAAGUUUCUGUUAAGGAAUUACUUCUACCACUCAUCACUAAUGCUAACGGAAUCUUUGUCAAGAAUUUGAACCUGCUUUCUGACAUAAUGAGCAAACUGGACAACAAGCAUUGGGGUGCUUUAUUAAGACAAUUCUUAGUAACUACAAACGUCAGUUUAGAAAAAUGGCAACUUGCUAUAGUCAUCAAACUCCUGGAACCUGCGACUGAAGAUUCCAUAGAUGCUGAAUGCAUAAGUCGUCUUGUCAAUUUGUUGAGCAGCUCUGUUGACGAAUUUAUCAAUGACAAGGACUUCGGAAAUUUGUUGAUAGCUGUCGCUUUGCUCAUUCAUAAGUCGCAGAAAUUAUCCGAAUCUAUUGAAACAUUGAAAGAAGCCGCGGAGAGGUACAAGGGUAUCAUGAGGUUCAAAGUUAUGAGUAUUAUUAAAUCGUCGCCGUAUUUAUAAUACAGUAUUCAAAAUAGAAUUUCUGAUCCUUUAGUGCGCAAAGUGCGGGAAUUCACUCAUAACUGUGUAUAUAAUAUAUUAAUGUGAUUUACAGUUGUAUAUAAUAUAUAAUGUAAUUUAUGUUGUAAUUAAAAUUAUGUAAUACUAAAACAUACAAUGUUUGGAAGCCUUAUAGAGAAAAAACGUCAUUAAAAUACAGAAUUUAAAUUUUUAUGAAACAGUAUUUUUUUUUUUUUUUUUUAUUUAUUUAUUCCUUGAAAAAGCAUUACAAUAAUUCACAAUUUAGAAAUAUAACAACAAAAUGAAUCAAUAGGAAAUACAAAUAAACAUAAGGAACUACUUCCCCAAAAGAGCAAGCUCGAGCUUGGGGAAGGAGACAUGUUUUAUGUUUUAUACUCUUGUGAAAUGAAAGGAGCAUAAGAUUUUAUAAAACAAUUUCGACAAAAUACUACCCAACACCUAUUUUGGUUAUCUCUGGAAUUAUCAAUAUAGGCUGUUUAUAUUGUAUAAUUAUGCUAUAUAUUGUGUGGUACUAACUCAUGCUAGGCUACUCUUGUCUAAACUUUCAUUUUUAAGCUGUUUCUAAUAUUUAACUAUAUUUUGGAAUACAUUAUAGAUCUUUUUAAAUGUUUCUUAGCCAAAAUUUUCGAGUAUAUAACACUCUUACAGGUAUAUUUGUAUAUUUUAGAGAUCUCUUGGUUUAAGUACCUAUGUCGUUUUAAAUGUUCUUGAUGCCAUGCUGUUCCUCUUCUUCAAAUAAUUGUUGAGUACGGUACCUACUUAAAUAUCAUCUAGUAUUAAAAUUGACAUGUUUUUCUCAUAUGUCUAUCAUGCUCUCUCAUUUUUUUCAUUUUGUAAUAUCAACAAAAUCUUGUUCAAUCCUGUGUUCAAUUAUUGUAUUCAUUGAUCGAGCUAUGAUAAAUAAAUAAUUCUGUUACAGUA